GUUUUAUUACCCCGGUUUUAGUAAGAAGAAGAUAAUUGCAAAGAUUAGAAUUAAAAUCGAGUUUAUAUUAUUUCUCAAAAAAUGGCUAAAUUAAUCUUUCUAUUAAUUUCUUUUCUAGUGAUAUCUAAAACUUUCUCGUUGCCAUUGAACGAAAAUUUAGUUCAGGACGAAGAGAAAAAUCUUACAAACGCAUCGGAAAACAUAAAAAUUAAAUUAAUCGGGAUUUUAAAUAUUCUUAAACAAUUUCAAAGCGAUAACAUCAAGGAAGUUCAACCAAAAUCACAUCAAAUUUCGAAACGUCAAGUUACAGAUGGUGGAAUAAACGAUAUAUUCGGUGGAGUUAUUGCUAGCUUUUACAGCACCAUUAAUGCCGCUCUAAGAACUAUUAUCAAUACUUUCCUAACGAAUAUAAAUGAAUCUACAGGAGGUUUCUUAACGGAAAUUUUGAUAAACUUACGAGAUAGUGUUUUUAAUGUUAUCGAUUCAAUGUUCCCUGUAUCUUCGACAAUCGGUUCGGUGACUCCUAUUGAAGGAAUUCCCAUUUAAAUUUGUGUUAAUUUAAAUUUAUUUUUGUUAAUCAUGUUGCAAUAAAAUUUUACAUGGAAAAUAUUAAA